AUGAAUAAUGAUGGACCUGAACUCAUUGGUCUCGGCCGAACUGGACGUGUGAUGCGCUUCGGAGAUAUUGCAGUCAAAACUGCCAAUAUUUGGACUGCGCCCAAAAACUCGUCCGAGACAGCAAUCAUCGGCUGGGAGCAAAUGACCAAGCAAAAUAUAGAGUUGAUAAAGCAUGAGGGACUUGUGUAUUGCCAUCUUGGGCAUGUCGAAGGCGUGAUAAUACCCCACCAGGUUUCCGACACCGAGAUUCAGAUGCCAUAUCUACGCCAAGGGUCACUCAGCCGCUAUCUGUCCGCUUAUGCUGAUAGCGUGGACAACAUCCGACGAUUAAGGUGGCUACAGGAAGCUGCACACAUCAUCCGUCGAGUACACGAACGGCGGGUAUUGAUUGUCGACAUUGCGACAAGAAAUUUCCUGCUCGACGAGAAUCUUGCUCUCCAGAUGUGCGACUUCACUGAGUCUGUCAUUGUUUCGGAUGACGAGGGCAUGGCCAAUUUUGUAUCUGAAGAUCUUGUUUCAGUCAAGUUCGACAUUGCACGCUUUGGCUCAAUGAUAUACGAGGUCAUCUCUGGAUGCCGAUGUGAGUUCUAUGUUGUACCUGAAAUGGAGACUGAUAUAGAUGACGAUCCAGAGUCCAAGAUAUUUAAGGCGUGGCCCACUGAUGAGAAACUUCCCAAUGUGAAUAGUGUGUUUUUGGGGGCUAUUAUCCGGAGAUGCUGGGCUGAGGACGGAUUUCUCACGAUGCAGGAAGUUUGUCACGCCUUGGAUAAGGCUGAUCCAAAGCUAUAG